AUUCGAUAUUUUUCAAAAUUUUAAAAUGAUAAAUCAAUAUUUGAAAAAUCUAUUUUGAUGAUUGAAACUCGAAAAUUAAUGCCGUGAAAAGAAAACAGAAAAUUGGUUAUAUUUUGAUGAUGAUUAUGUAACGAGACAGAGGAGUUGGAAGUGGUGAAAUCUGGAGAAGAAGAAGAUGCUGAAUCAUACUGUUCAAACUUUACGGGGUAGAACGGGGAUCAUGGCGAGGAAGAUAUCAUCAAUGCUCAACGGUACUGCCAAAGAGAAAGUGGACUGCCUCGUCAUCGGAGCCGGUUUGGUCGGAAUUGCAGUGGCCAGGGAGCUUUCUCUCAGAGGCAGAGAUGUUUUGGUGCUGGAAUCUGCUCCCACCUUCGGUACCGGAACCAGUUCUCGCAACAGUGAAGUCAUCCAUGCCGGCAUUUACUAUCCUCGCAAUUCUCUCAAGGCAAUUCUUUGCGUAAGAGGAAGAGAUUUACUCUACCGGUAUUGUUCUGAACGCCAGAUACCUCAUAAACAAAUUGGCAAGCUUAUAGUUGCUACUAGAACAUCGGAGGUUCCAAAAUUGAAUGAGUUAUUGAUUCGGGGAGUUCAGAAUGGGGUUGAAGGUUUGAGGAUGGUUGAUCGUAAUGAUGCAAUGAGAAUGGAACCUGAAUUACAGUGUGUUAAAGCCUUGCUGUCGCCUUUGUCUGGAAUUGUUGAUUCUCAUUCUUUGAUGUUAUCUUUAGUGGGGGAGGCUGAAAAUCAUGGGGCUAAAUUCUCCUAUAAUUCUGCUGUUAUUGGUGGUCAUGUUCAAGAAAAUCAAAUUCACCUCCACAUAUCUGAUUCGAAAAAUCUUGAAAAUUCGAAUGGGGUGCAUCUACCAGUGCCAGAGCUCACGUUGGUUCCUAGACUUGUAGUGAAUUCGACAGGGUUAUCUGCGGUUCCCCUUGCAAGGAGUUUCGAUGGUCUCCAUGGUGGAGUCAUUCCUCCCUCUUAUUAUGCCCGUGGAUGCUACUUUACACUGUCAAAUGUGGGAGUCCCGCCAUUUCAGCGUUUGAUUUAUCCUCUGCCAGAGGAUGGUGGAAUUGGUGUGCAUGUUACGUUGGAUUUAGAUGGUCAAGUCAAGUUUGGUCCUGAUGUUGAAUGGAUUGAUGAGGUUGAUCAAAUCUCAAGCUUCUUGAACAAGUUUGACUAUUCUGUGCGUGGUAGUCGUGCUGAGCGCUUUUAUGAGGAAAUAAGAAAGUACUACCCCAGUCUGAAGAAUGGAUCUCUACAAUCAGGAUAUGCAGGAAUUCGGCCAAAACUCUCAGGGCCUCGACAAACUCCAGCUGACUUUGUUAUACAGGGGGAGGAGAUUCAUAAGGUUUCUGGUCUCAUCAACCUUUUUGGAAUUGAAUCACCUGGGCUGACUUCAAGCCUGGCCAUUGCAGAGCAUAUAGCUGCAAGAUAUAUGUAAAGCUGAAGCUUCAUGAGGUGAUUGAGAUUUGAAGGGGGGAUUUGCAAAGUAGCAAUACUUAGUGUGCAACUUAGGCUACACCCAAGUUCAUGCCCCCUUUUCCUCCCCAAAUAAAAAGUAUUUUUGUUUUUUUUAAGAAAACCAAUUGUCAUGUGACAAUUUUUAAUUGGGUGCAAUAAGGGUUAUGUAAUGGAUGGGUGCAGCUUGAUAGAAUUUGAUUGAAAGUAAAUAGAGUCUAAGCGAUAGUUUGAGCGAGAGCAAGAGUAAUCUUUUGACAAAUUGCUUGAGAUGAUGACGUUGUGAACUCGCCUAUUUAUUGAAUUGGUCUUGGUAUAGUUUAAGUUUAUUACGUUUUA